UUUGGCAGUAUCUCCUAAAUGUUGUUGUAAUCUGAGUAUUCUUCCGCUCUUCUCCUGUGUCGAGAAAACAUUGUUAUCAAUCUGAUUUCACCAUUAUCUUCUCCACACCUUCUUUGUCUCCUUGGCUUCACCUCCAUCAGAGCUGCACCUUUCUUUUGUUGUCAUCCUAAGCAAUCUCUUUAUUGUUGUGAGGGGAAGACCCUCUACACUACUUCUCUUUAUUGUUCGAUCGACUACUGAUGGUUGCGGUUUGCGAACGACGUCAUCUCUGGAAAUGAAGCUUGGAGUUAGAUGUGAUGACAGGGAGGGAUGACAGAUGGAAGAAACAAGAGGAAGAUGCUUGAUGUGCAGUGGGGAGUUGAAGUUGCAGAACUACUGCACGCGGGUAGCUGCAGCGAGUGUCCAACCAUGGAUAGCUUCCUACGACGACAUGAGUUAGAAUCGCUGAGGAGCACAAUGCUGAAGCAUGAAGAGGUCUUCAGACAUCAGGUGCAUGAACUGCAUCAACUGUACAGAGUUCAGAGGAUGCUGAUGGCUGAGCUGAGGAGCGAAGGGCUGAAGCUUCGGUAUCUCGCCAAUGCAACUCUGAGCACGACGACGGGCGCAGCCACCACCAGACUGUGGAGCAGUACAUCUACCGUCACCAACGUGCAUCAGAGGAAGGUGAGCUCGAUGGAGCUCAACCUCUGCUUCGAUCUCGAGCAGCCUGGCGAAGCAGUGGCCGCCGAGGAACGGUCGACGGCCGCCGGAAAACACCGGGAAGAAGAGAGGAGCAGCGGAGGACGUCGUAAAUGGAUGGAUGAUGAGAGUGGCCUUGAGCUUACACUCAGCAUAGGACGUGGCAGUGGUAAGAAUCCAUGAAGGCUGCUCGCAGGUGGUGGUAUGGACGAAGCUAUUAGCGUUCCACAUGUGUUCUACAGAUUCGGACCUUCCACAGAUUGAGUUAAUCCAAAUAUACUGGAUUUGUUGUUAAGGAUCGAAUAAAUUGGACGAUAUAUAUAUGUUGGAUUAAAUAGAGUUUGACUAAGACUCAUCUAGUCAACGACGACUACAAAUAAAAGCAUCCUUUCUCAUGUGCAUAACAUAUAACAUGUGGACAUGGAAAGAGUCAA